AUGAAAAGGUUUAUGAGAAAGAACAACUUCCAAGACUUCCAAUGUUCAUCAAACCGAAGACAACAGGAAAGAUCUCCACAAUCAUCAAAACAAGAAUCAAUGGACUCGCAAAUGCAAUGCUACAACUGCCGAAAGCCAGGACACUUCAAGGCGAACUGUCCACAUCCAAUGGUUAGCAAGCAUCAAGACUCUGGUGCAAUCAAGAACUCAUCAAAAGAGGCAGGCGAGUUCAACAAGCGAAGUGACAAGCCAGAAUCAUCAAAUUCUAGGAACGAAAGAAGAAGAAGAGCCAUGAUUGUGAACGGAAAGGCUGAAACUGCUGAAACCGAAAGUAGCUCUUCGAGUUCAAGUUCAGAUGACGAAAGCACUGAAGAAGAAAAAGGGCUCCUAUGCCUAUUCAGCUAA